AGAUGUGUGGACUGACAAUCAAAUCUCAAACUGCUGCGCUGCUCUGGCCCAUUAGACGAGAUGGACCGUCUGACCCCUAGAGACCUGGCUGUGGCCCGCUUCAGGAGGAAUCACGACUUCAUUGAGGCCAUCUUCGACGAGAAGAAGAUUGCCAAUCUCGAGCCUCCUCCCUCUCCUUAUGCUGAUCUGUCCAGGAAAGAUCUUCAAGCGCAGCUAGACCUGUCAGAAGCGCAGACGGCAGAGAUGAAGAGACUCCACGAGGAGCGCAUCCAAUCGUUCAAGCAGAAUAUCAGUGCAGAACAAAUCGAGAAGGACGUAGCAAGACAAGCAGAGGUUAAUCCUGAGGAGGAAGCAGCGCUCGAACCGUGGGCAAGGAACGCCGGGAAAGGCAGAAGACUGACUGCUGGAUUUGCAUACGUUCAAGCUCGCACUCCCGAAGUGGUGAAAGGAGCCCUGAGGGCUAGGGAGACGGCUUUGGCAGAACAGAGGGCGGAGCUAAGCGCAGGUCAGGAGACGGCUGAGGCGAGGCAGCAGAAGGCUGCCGAAGAUGAAGCGAUCCGAAAGCUCAACUUGGAGCAUGGGAUGGAGCCGCCUGCCCCCGUCAGCAUGCCUCCUCCGCCUCAGCAGCCCCGACCCCCGCAACAACAGCAGCCAGUGCCUCCACAACAGCUACAGCAGCCAGAACCUCAAGAAGUUCAGCAGCUUCAGCCAACGGACAAGGCUCCUACAGACGUCGCAGGCGAAGCUGUAGACGCGGAUGCCGAAGCAGAUGCGGAUGCAGAUCCCGACGCUGAUGCUGAUGCCGAUGCUGACGGCGAAGGCGAAGGUGAUGGUGAUGGUGAUCAGGAAAUGGUCGAGCUUGUGGACAACGGGGAAGGCGGCGCUGCUGGAUUGGCGGCAGUGCCAGAAGCAGCUGCGGAUGGACAGGCUCAACAGACACAAGAAGAAGAGGUAGCGGAUGCUGCGACCGCAAAUGAAGAGGCGGAGAACCUCACACACCCUCUCUCAGCAGAGGCCGAGGCUGCCGCAUCGGCGCCCGAAGACGCGGGUACAACGAUGCCGACAGAGGCCACACAGGAACUUCCUGUGGUUUCUGAAGCUGCUCCAGAAGCUGCCGCCGAGGCUGUCCCGGAAGCCGCUACUGAGGCUCCUCUCGAAAGUGUCGUGCCGGCUGAGCCCGAGACUGCGACAGAGACUGCACCCGCGGCUGCAACUGAGGCAACUGGAGACGCAGAGACCGCUACAAAGGUCGUGCCCGAACCCUCGGAAGCGAGUGCGGGAGUUCCUCCGGUCGCCGAAGAGGUUUCGCAGCAGCAGCCGUCAGAGGAGAUCAUGAAGGCUCCUACGCCACCACUGGAUGAAAAUCUGGCGGAGAACGAUGCGCCGAAGCAGCUGUGAGGUGACGAAGUGGUAGUGGUGUCCUCUUCGUCGUCAUUGGCUUCAUUUCGCCUCUGUCGGUAUCUUUGUCUGUUUGUACAAAUAUAAUUGCUAGUCACAGUCAUCCUGCUCUUCUCCUUUACACCUGAAAUCCUUAUAUCCUUUCCGUCUGGGCCGGCGCUAUUCUACUCGGUGGCGGCGACGACAUUGAUGCCGGAGUGGAAGCUGACGUGG